UGUCCUGCACUGCUGUCUCACCCCUUGUGUCCUGCACUGCUGUCUCACCCCUUGUGUCCUGCACUGCUGUCUCACCCCUUGUGUCCUGCACUGCUGUCUCACCCCUUGUGUCCUGCACUGCUGUCUCUCCCCUGAGUAAUUCCCCCUAUUCCCUGCACUGCUGCCUCUCCCCUGGGUGAGUAAUCCCCCCUAUUCCCUGCACUGCUGUCUCUCCCCUGGGCUCCUGUGUGAGUAAUUCCCCCUAUUCCCUGCACUGCUGUCUCUCCCCUGAGUGAGUAAUUCCCCCUAUUCCCUGCACUGCUGUCUCUCCCCUGAGUGAGUAAUUCCCCCUAUUCACUGCACUGCUGUCUCUCCCCUGAGUGAGUAAUUCCCCCUAUUCCCUGCACUGCUGUCUCUCCCCUGAGUGAGUAAUUCCCCCUAUUCCCUGCACUGCUGUCUCUCCCCUGGGUGAGUAAUUGUCCCUAUUCCCUGCACUGCUGUAUCUGUAAUAAAUCAACAGUCCCUUGUAUGUGCUGGAAACUAAGCUGCAUGAAUCCAUAUUGGAGGCAAAACAAUCCCUAUUCACUUUUAUUUAAAUUAUUUUUUUUGGAAGACCUAAUGAAUGGAGACCCAAAUUAUGGAAAUAUCCCAGAAACUCCACAGUAUUGUGGAUAAUAGAUCUAUACCUGUGCCAGUAAAACAGUUAACUUUUAUUUAUAUUUUUGCAUGAACGUAACUUUUAGACACUGUAAAAGAGGAUUUAGGAGCUUUUCAUAGUUUAACUCUUUGCCUGCCAAGUAUGUAUCUCAUAUGUGCUGCCGGUAGAGUUGCCACCCAGCCGGUAUUUUACCGGCCUAGCUGGUAAAACACCUGCCAAAGCCGGGAUUACAAAUUUACCGGCAAUGCAGUUGCCGGUAAUUUGUAAUACCCUUUAAAAAAAGCCCCUGGCCUGCCCCCAUUUCGCACAGAACUUACCUUUUUUUCCAGCGCUGUGGAGAGCUCUGCGAUGUAGCUCCACCUCCUUUUGCGUCAUCGACCACCCCCUUUUGGUGCCCGCCCCCCACUGGCCGGUAAUAUUUUUUAGUAAAGGUGGCAACCCUAGCUGCCGGGCAAGUGCUCUAAAUGCCAAGAAUGGAUCUCAUAUGUUCCGCACUUUUAGAGCAAAACCCUAUGAAUAAGCGGCUUUUGCCGUUUACACAGAGGGUUAGGCAGUUGCACAAACCUUUUGGCAAUGAGCCAAAGGCGCUUUUAGGAUGGUCCUGCAACUCCAUCGUCGCAGGACCCGAUUUCUUACGGGACCGCUUGGAGGACUUUAGGACCGCACGGAGAAGGAAGAUUUCUGAACUCAGCACCUGCCCACUCACUUCCUGCUGUGUGUUCUCUGCAGAUCCCGGACCUUCAAUGCUACGACCGAUCUCCUGCAUACGGAAAUGGUUGUUGCUUGAUGAUAAGAGACCUCAAUAUAAACUGGCUGAGUGUGUGAAGGCCACAAGGGGACAACAGAGUGAGGAAGAAGGUGUGAGGCUGGCACAGGCCAAACCCAGGCUGAGUAGGAGUGUGAGACAACUGCAUGGAAUGAGGAUCACUCACUGAGCUCACAAGUCUUUGUUUUGUCACAUGUGGAUGUGGAAAAGGCUGGACAUCUUCUUGUCAUCUUCUGUACUUGUACUGGAAAGAAGACAGAAGAGAGGAGAAUGGAGACACUAAGAAAACCUAUUGCCAGUGAGGAGUAUGGGCAGGACUUUAGUAUGGAGCCCUAUCCGGAGUGUGCAGGAUGCUGGAAAAGCCCUCACCAGAAUACUAACAUGGGAGUAAGAAAUGUCCCUUGUACAGACUGUGGGAAAACACUGUCUUCUGGAAAAAAACAUGGAAUACUCACAGGAGGAAAAUCAUACACUUGUACAGAAUGCGGCAAAGGCUUUAUUAAGAAAUCUAGACUUGUAACUCAUAUGAAAAUACACACCGGGGAGAAACCAUUUUCUUGCACAGAAUGUGGGAAAUAUUUUGCACAGAAGAACAAACUCUUACGUCACCUGAAAAUACACACAGGGGAGAAACCAUUCACUUGUACAGAAUGUGGCAAAAGCUUUAUUCAAAAGAGUAAUCUUGUAUCUCAUAUGAAAAUACACACAGGGGAGAAACCAUUCUCUUGUACAGAAUGUGGCAAAAGCUUUAUUCAAAAGCGUAAUCUUGUAUCUCAUAUGAAAAUACACACAGGGGAGAAACCUUUCAUGUGUACAGAAUGUGGGAAACACUUUGCACAAAAGAAUAGCCUCUUAUAUCACCAGAAAACACAUAUUGGUGAGAAACCAUUCAAGUGUACAGAAUGUGGAAAACACUUUGCACAGAAGAACAGCCUCUUACGUCACCUGAAAAUACACACAGGAGUGAAACCAUUCACUUGUACAGAAUGUGGGAAAGACUUUGCACAGAAGAACAACCUCUUACUUCACUUGACAAUACACACAGGGGAGAAACCAUUCUCUUGUACAGAAUGUGGGAAAAGAUUUUCCCAGAAGAACAACCUCUUAUGUCACCUGAAAAUACACACAGGGGAGAAACCAUUCUCUUGUACAGAAUGUGGGAAAAGAUUUUCCCGGAAGAACAGCCUCUUAUGUCACCUGAAAAUACACACAGGGGAGAAACCAUUCACUUGUACAGAAUGUGGCAAAUACUUUGCACGAAAGAGUGACCUGGUGUCUCAUAUGAACAUACACACAGGUGACAAACCAUUUUUUUGUACAGAGUGUGGGAAAAACUUUACACAGAAGACCACCCUCUUAAAUCACCUGAAAAUACACACAGGAGAGAAACUAUUCUCUUGUACAGAAUGUGGCAAAUACUUUGCACGAAAGAGUGACCUGGUGUCUCAUAUGAACAUACACACAGGUGACAAACCAUUUUCUUGCACAGAAUGUGGGAAAAAUUUUGCACAGAAGACCAACCUCUUACGUCACCUGAAAAUACACACAGGGGAGAAACCAUUCUCUUGUACAGAAUGUGGCAAAAGCUUUAUUCAAAAGAGUAAUCUUGUAUCUCAUAUGAAAAUACACACAGGGGAGAAACCAUUCUCUUGUACAGAAUGUGGCAAAAGCUUUAUUCAAAAGAGUAAUCUUGUAUCUCAUAUGAAAAUACACACAGGGGAGAAACCAUUCACUUGUACAGAAUGUGCUAAAGGCUUUUCUUUAAAAUGUAACUUUGCACUACACAUGAAAAUACACGGGGAGAAACCAUUCACUUGUGCAGAGUGUGGGAAACACUUUACACACAAGAGUAUCCUUGUAUCUCAUAUGAAAAUACACACAGGUGACAAACCAUUUUCAUGUACAGAAUGUGGGAAAAACUUUGCACAGAAGACCAACCUCUUACGUCACCUGACAAUACACACAGGAGAGAAACCAUUCUCUUGUACAGAAUGUGGGAAACACUUUGCACACAAGGGUCACCUUGUAUCUCAUAUGAAAAUACACACCGGAGAAAAACUAUUCUCUUGUACAGAAUGUGGGAAAAACUUUGCACACAAGAGUCACCUUGUAUCUCAUAUGAAAAUACACACAGAGGAGAAACCAUUCUCUUGUACAGAAUGUGGGAAAAACUUUGCACAGAAGACCACCCUCUUACGUCACAUGACAAUACACACAGGGGAAAAAUGUUUCACUUGUACAGAAUGUGGGAAAGGUUUUGCUUUAAAAGGUAACCUUCUACUACACAUGAAAAUACACACAGGGGAGAAACCAUUUUCAUGUACAGAAUGUGGGAAACAUUUUGCCCAGAAGAACAGCCUCUUAUCUCACCUGAAAAUACACACAGGGGAGAAACCAUUCACUUGUACAGGAUGUGGGAAACAGUUUGCUCACAAGGGCCACCUUAUAACACAUAUGAAAAUACACACAGGGGAGAAACCAUUCUCUUGUACAGAAUGUGAAAAACAGUUUGCACAGAAGGGUCUCCUUGUAUCUCAUAUGAAAAUACACACAGGGGAGAAACCAUUCUCUUGUACAGAAUGUGAAAGACAGUUUGCACACAAGAGUUACCUUGUAUCUCAUAUGAAAAUACACACAGGGGAGAAACCAUUCUCUUGUACAGAAUGUGGGAAACAUUUUGCCCAGAAGUACAGCCUCUUACGUCACCUGAAAAUACACACAGGGGAGAAACCGCUCUCUUGUACAGAAUGUGGGAAACAGUUUGCACACAAGGGCUACCUUACAACACAUAUGAAAAUACACACAGGGGAGAAACCAUUCUCUUGUAUAGAAUGUGGGAAACAGUUUGCCCAGAAGAGCAGCCUCUUAUGUCACCUGAAAAUACACACAGGGGAGAAACCAUUCACUUGUACAGAAUGUGGGAAACAGUUUACACACAAGGGUCACCUUGUAACACAUAUGAAAAUACACACAGGGGAGAAACCAUGCUCUUGUACAGAAUGUGGGAAACAGUUUGCACACAAGGGCCACCUUAGAGCACAUAUGAAAAUACACACAGGGGAGAAACCAUUCUCUUGUACAGAAUGUGGGAAACAGUUUACACACAAGGGUCACCUUGUAUCACAUGUGAAUAUACACACAGGGGAGAAACCAUUCUCUUGCACAGAAUGUGGGAAAAAAUUUGCGCAGAAGUACAGCCUCUUGCGUCACCUGAAAAUACACACAGAGGAGAAACCAUUCACUUGUGCAGAAUGUGGCAAAGAUUUCUCUCAAAUGAUAAACCUCACAUCUCAUAUGAAAAUGCACACAGAAGAGAAACCAUUCUGCUGUACAAACUGAGGGAAAAACUUUGCACAGAAGAUCAACCUCUUACGUCACCUGAUAAUACACACAGGGGAGAAACCAUUCACUUGUACAGAAUGUGGAUAAAAAAUGCCACAGAAGACCCACUUUAAAAGACACACAGGUGAAUAAUAAUUCAUUUGUGUAGACAGAAGCUUUUAUAACAAGAUCAAUCCCGGAGUCACUUGGAUAAACACACAAGGGAGAAUAAUUUUACUUGCACAGAAUAUGGAGAAUGACAUUUAUAUUGUACAGUGAAUUAUUUGCAGUGUAAACAGUGUAGAAAUAAAAACAUCUUGUCAGAA